UGGAGUACCUGAGAAUGAACAAAGGCCUUCACCAAUUGCUGUUUGACAUGGCUGAUAAAGGCUGGAAAGCCUUCUACACUGGGAAACACGCCAUACGGCUGGUGAACGACCUUGAGCGAGACUCGGGUUUUAUCACACUUGAAGACUUGAACCACUAUGAGGCGCAUUGGAUGCCAGCGAAAGCCUACAACAUGAAAACAGGGAAGACCAUCCAUGGCGUGCCCGUCCCUGGCGGUGGAGCAUUGCUGGGGCCUGUCUUGGAUUUAAUAGACAUCAGGGAAGCAAAGUUGAGGUUCGAAGGCCGCAAGACUGUCCCGCAUACAACCGCUAAGAACCUGCAUAGCUUCGUGGAGUACCUGAAGUUCACCUAUGCAAGAAAGGCCGAUCUCGGUGACUCGUUAAAAAGCAAAACAUCGGUUCGGCUGCUCGUACCUGGCGUCUUGCGGUAUCUUGAUGAACAACUUCAUGAACGUGUUCACGUUACCACAGGGUAGAAAUGGUCUGCCGCCCUCUCCUCAUAACUACAUUGGUGCGAUGAACCGGCCCGCCACCACCAUGCUACCCGUCAUCAUAACAAGAGGGUAUAAAGGCACACUGUUUGCCGCUCUUGGCGCCACUGGUGGCCUCCAGGGGGUCUCGGCCAU